AUGGACCUCAAAAAAUCUAUAAGAAUACAGGGAGAUCAAGUUAAAAGCCUAUACAGGCUCUUCGAAGGCAGCGUAUACGAUUACGAUGGUACAUACACACUUGUUAAAAAAGUUUUGAAGAUAAUUGGAGUCCCAAUGAACCUCAAAGAUUCCAGAUUUACGCAUUUUUGCUGGAAUGCCUACUUCUGGUUCAGUUACAUAAAUAUAGUGGUAUCAUUUGUUCUGGAAUCAGCGAGCGUGUUGGAAACAUCAGCCAGUGGGACCUUCCUCGAUGUGUUCACCAUGAUGCCUUGCGUUGGUUUUCUUAUUGUAGCUUUAACCAAGACCUACAAAAUAAAGAUUCACAGAGCCACGUUUAAGAACCUGGUGUAUGAGUUACGUGAUAUGUGGCCGAAUGGACAUAUUCCGGAGGAGGAACACCAAGUGGUUAACCAGGCCUUGAGACGAUUGAAAUUUCUUGUCAGAGCCUAUUUCUCCUGCAACAUGAUACUGGGGACCAUCUUCGUCAUUCCCGCACUCUACGCGUACAUUAAACGAUUACUUGGAUAUGACGUGGCUUUGAUCAUGCCGUUUAGCUAUUGGCUACCGUUCGACCCUUUAAGUGAUAUAAGAUACCCUUUUGUGAUGAUCGUAAUAUCAUACCACUGUUUUCAAUCUGCAUUUUUCAUGGUGGCAGGAGAUCUCUUGCUUAUUAUAUUCCUAAGCCACGUAACCACACAAUUUUCGUUGCUUGCGAUCAGAAUAAAUAAACUGUUUUAUGUUCCCAUCGAUGAACAACUCAUAGGUGAAUAUCCACUCGGAGAAGUCAGUAUGAAGAUACAACUGCAUCAAGACAAAGAAAAUGAUCCAUCUUUAGUUGAUAAUGAAGACACUGAGAAAAGAAUUGAAGAUGAACUUAUUUCAAUUAUACUGAGACAUCAAGCUUUGAUCAGAAUAUCAGAUGAGAUAGAAAAUAUGUACACGUUCUCACUGCUUGUUAACUUUAUGAACAGUUCCGUCAUCAUCUGUUUCUGCCUUUUUUGCAUUGCGUUUUUUGAAAAAUGGAAUGAGUUCAACUACAAAGUGUUUUUUAUCACUGCUAUCUCACAAACCGGUAUUCUUUGUUGGUACGGGCAACUGUUGAAGGAUACAAGCACCGGCGUCGCUGAAGCCCUCUACAACUGUGGUUGGUACGUCGCAGCACAUAACGUAAAAAAGUCUAUACUAAUUAUGAUUCACAGAUCACAAAAGGAGGUGCACAUCACAACGUACGGAUUCACUAUUAUAUCUUUGGAGAGUUACGCUACGAUUCUCAAGACUUCGUGGUCAUAUUUUACUCUCCUGAUUAAUGUUAUGUACCAAGACUAGAAACCUAG